GGAAGUUUGUGUCCAGCCAUCAGACCGUCCCGUACAGAGACACUGCAGUCUUCUCCUGACGAUCCCUUCUCCCCAGCAGCUACAAAUGUAUAGCAUGCUGGACACAGACAUCAAGAGCCCUGUGCAGCAAUCCAAUGCACAAACUGGGGGUCCUGGGACUCCAGGGGGCAAAGGCAAUGCCACCACUCCGGACCAGGAUCGAGUCAAGCGACCUAUGAAUGCUUUCAUGGUAUGGUCCAGAGGGCAGAGGAGAAAGAUGGCGCAGGAGAACCCCAAGAUGCACAACUCUGAGAUCAGCAAGCGGCUGGGUGCCGACUGGAAGCUCCUGAGCGAUGCGGAGAAGAGACCCUUCAUAGAUGAGGCGAAGAGGCUGAGAGCUGUCCACAUGAAGGAAUACCCGGAUUACAAGUACAGACCCAGGAGGAAGACCAAGACCCUGUUGAAAAAGGACAAAUAUUCCCUGCCUGGCAAUCUCUUGGCUCCAGGUGUCAGUCCAGUAUCCAGCUCUGUUGGAGUUGGCCAGAGGAUAGACACUUAUGCCCACAUGAAUGGUUGGACUAAUGGGGCUUACAGCUUGAUGCAGGACCAGAUUGGGUACUCUCAACAUCAUGGCAUGAACAGCCCUCAGAUCCAGCAGAUGCACAGGUAUGACAUGACUGGUCUUCAGUACAGCCCCAUGAUGUCUUCUGCUCAAACCUACAUGAACGCAGCUUCUACCUACAGCAUGUCCCCUGCAGCCUACAACCAGCAAACCUCCACAGUCAUGAGCCUGGGCUCCAUGGGGUCGGUUGUCAAGUCGGAACCAAGUUCUCCUCCACCUGCAAUCACUUCUCACACUCAGAGAGCUUGCCUAGGAGACCUGAGAGAUAUGAUCAGCAUGUACCUACCCCCAGGUGGAGAUGCAAGUGACCCAUCUUCCCUCCAGAACAGCAGACUGCACAGUGUCCAUCAGCAUUACCAAAGUGCAGGGACUGGGGUCAAUGGCACUGUACCACUAACGCACAUUUAAUUCCCACUGCUGCUUCUAUAGACACUUUGCUUGCCUGACAAGCAGCUCAGAAUGCAGAAAACUUGAGGACAAUUGAGGAAUCAAAAAGGGUGGUUUGUUUUUUAUUUUUUGUCUUUUUAUUUUCUGUUGUGUACAAAGUUUGCGCAAACUUUCCCUAGAGAGCACAACACGCUUAUUGGGGGGAGUCCUCUUGUGUGGGGGAACCCCUUUAAUAUGAGCUUUUUUUUUUUUCUCUUUCAAAUAAGGAUCUUGUAUCUUGAGUUCUAGAAGUUUUAAAUUGGGACUAUUAACCAUAAAUAAUGUUUACAUGUUUUCUUGAGGCGCUCAAGAUUUCCUUAAGUUUUAUCCAAAACUGUAGAUUUUAUCAUUAACUUUUAGACUUUACAAAAAAAACUGUGCGGGUCGCAAACGCAAGAUUUUUUUUUUUGUUUUUAUUUCCUUUAAUUUAUAGUAAGAUGUAUUUUUUUUUCCUUCUUUUCCUGCUCUGUAUAAACUUGUAAAUUUUUUUUUAUUUUGAGUUUGUGUCCUGUUUUUACUGUGAAUUGUUUAACAUAUCGACAAAGAAAAAAAUAGUUUUUGUUUUACUUGGUUUUUACAGACUUUUGAGUUGAAAGUAAAAACACAAAAAAUCAAUAAAUUUUCUA